AUGUUCAACCAGCAGCAAUUGCUGCAGCUCCAGCAGCUACUCCAGCAGUCCCCACCACAAGCCCCCAUACCCAUGGCGCUUGGCAGGGGGCUCCCUCAGCAGCAGCCACAGCAGCAGCUUCUGAAUUUCCAGGGCACCAACUCGAACUCCCUCCUCAACGGCUCCAUGCUGCAGAGAGCUUUGCUUUUACAGCAGUUGCAAGGACUGGACCAGUUUGCAAUGCUACCAGCCACGUAUGACAGUGCCGGUCUCACCAUGCCCACAUCAACAUUGGGUAACUUCCGUGGCUACAACUUGGCAACCCCAAACCUGACAGCCCCCAGCCUCACACCCCCCCAACUGGCGACCCCAAAUCUACAACAAUUCUUUCCCCAAGCCACUCGCCAGUCCCUGCUGGGCCCCCCUCCUGUUGGGCUCCCCAUGAACCCUUCCCAGAUCAACCUCUCAGGGAGGACCUCCCAGAAACAGGCCCGUACCCCGUCAUCCACUACCCCCAGUCACAAGGAUUCUUCUUCUCAGACGAUGCCCAUGGACGACAAGUCAGACCCCCCAGAGGGGUCUGAGGAAGCCACAGAGGCCAGAACUGACACACCAGAAGGUCAGGAGUCCCCCCACUGCCCAGAUGGCACCACUAAGGAGAAACACACCUCAAGGCCAGAGCCAGAGCCUUGUGAGAGGUUGGAGCUGCCAGCCAAGAGGUUGAAAAGCUCAGAGGAGUCCACAGAGAAGAGGCCCCCUGGGCAGCUGCAGGCAAAGGUCCAGCCACAGGCCCGGAUGACAAUCCCGAAGCAGACGCAGACCCCUGAGCUGCUGCCCGAGCCUCUGGAAGCCCACGUACCACCACGAUUCUCACCACGGGUUCUGCAGAUCCAGACCCAGGUGCAGCGAAAGACUCAGCCACAGAUGCCAUCAGUGGCUGCCCAGAUACAGCCCAGGCUGCAGAAGCAGGCACAAACCCAGACCUAUCCAGAGCACUUAGAGCCUCUGCAACCACAGGUGCAGCCCCAGGGGCAGCCCCAGGCACCUUCACAGCCCCCAGAGCAGCCACAGCCACAGCUGCAGAAGCAGGUGCAGACACAGACAUAUCCACAGGUACAGACACAGCUGCAGACACAAACUCAGCCAAGGGCCCAGCCACGAGAACAGCCACUUGAGCAGCCUCCCAUGCACUUGCCACCAGAGCAGACCCAGGAGCAGCUUCAGACCCAGCCACAGAUGUCAGGGCCAGCACCACAGCAACCACCAGUUCCAGUUCAUGCCACUGUGCCAGACAUGCCGCCGGAUACGGUAGAAGCAGGAGGAAGGCUGGAGGAGGCCUCUCCAGGGCCAGCAGAUGCCCAAGUCAGCAUGGAGGGGAGCCAGGAGGAACCAGCCGGCAGCCUGGAUUUGGGAGAAUGUGAAAAAAGAGCUAGAGAGAUGCUCAGGGUUUGGGGUGCCGGGGGCUCCCUGAAGGUCACCAUCCUGCAGAGCAGUGACAGUCGGGCCUUUAGCACUGUACCCGUGACUCCUGGGCCCCGUCCCAGCGACACCACGUCCACCACCCCCACUGGCAGCACACCUUCCAAGCAGCCCCUCCAGUUCUUCUGCUACAUCUGUAAGGCCAACUGCACCAGUCAGCAGGAGUUCCAGGACCACAUGGCAGGAGCCCAGCACCAGCAGCGGCUUGGGGAGAUCCAGCACACAAGCCAAGCCUGCCUCUUGUCCCUGCUGCCCGUGCCCCGGGACGUCCUGGAGAGAGAGGAGGAAGAGCCUCCACCCAGGCGCUGGUGCAACACCUGCCAGGUGUACUACGUGGGGGACCUGAUCCAACACCGCAGGACACAGGACCACAAGAUCGCCAAACACUCCUUGCGGCCGUUCUGCACCGCCUGCAGCCGUUACUUCAAGACCCCCCGCAAGUUUGUGGAGCAUGUGAAGUCCCAGGGGCACAAGGACAAAGCCAAGGAGCUGAAGAUGCUUGAGAAGGAGAUACCUGGUCAAGAUGAGGACCACUUCAUCACGGUGGAUGCUGUGGGGUGCUUUGAGGGUGAUGAAGAGGAGGAGGAGGAGGACGAUGAAGAAGAAGAGAUCGAGGUUGAGGAAGAGUUAUGCAAACAGAUGAGGUCCAGAGAUAUAUCCAUAGAAGAGUGGAAAGGCUCGGAGACCUACAGCCCCAAUACCGCAUACGGUGUGGACUUCCUGGUGCCCGUGAUGGGGUACGUCUGCCGCAUCUGCCACAAGUUCUACCACAGCAAUUCAGGGGCACAGCUCUCCCACUGCAAGUCCUUAACCCACUUUGAGAACCUGCAGAAAUACAAGGCGGCCAAGAACCCCAGCCCCACCACCCGGCCUGUGAGCCGCCGGUGUGCGAUCAACGCCCGGAAUGCCUUGACCGCCCUGUUCACCUCUGGAGGCCGCCCACCCACCCAGCACAGCACCCAGGAUACAGCCAAAACUCCCAGCAAGGUGACAGUCCGACCCCCCCAGCCCCAACCACCCCGGCGCUCUACCCGCCUCAAAACCUGA